AAAGUAUCGCCUACCUUCCCCACUAAAACACCACAAGAGAGAAAGAGAAUGCAGCUCUCUUACUGUGUAAGAGAGAAAAAGCCCUGCGUGGGCUGGGUUGAGAAAUAUUUUAAAGACUGCCUUUGCAAUCUGAAAGAUGAAUUUUCCUUCGGUUUUGGGCUUGCUAGUCUUGUCUUCUGGGGAGUGGCAGAAAUCCCUCAAAUCGUCACCAACUUCCAGACCAAGUCUGGCCAUGGAGUUUCUCUUGCUUUUCUACUCACUUGGGUUGUUGGUGAUGUUUUCAAUCUGGUGGGUUGUCUUCUGGAACCAGCAACGCUGCCUACCCAGUACUACACGGCUCUGCUUUACACGACCAGUACUGUAGUCUUAGUAGUGCAGAGCGUAUACUAUGACUACAUCUGUAGAUGGUUAAAGUGCAGAAAGAUCGAUGUUUCCCAUACGGCGGAAGAAGAGAAAAAACCAUUGAGACGUAAGCCAGUAGAUUCUGGCAUUGCAAUACCUAGGCCUUCACCAAAAGCGACUCCUCGAAGAGAAUACUACUAUACCUCAGCCAGAUCAAUGGCUGGCAGUGGUACUCCUCCCUUUCGAACCUAUCUCAGGGCAGCUAAAAGCGGCCCUUCAGCCAUGGAACUCAACUGUGAUUCGUCAUCUGAUGACGAGGCAGCUACAACGCAGUCGAUUAGCCAGCCUAGGCCUAUACCAAGAGCGGCAGGUUAUGGAACAUUUCUUGCAACAUCAGUCAACUUGCCCCUACAAACCAAGGGUCUGACAGAAGCAUACGUGGGACUUACUGGGAGAAGACUCUUGCAUGAACAAGGGAUGGAGAAUGUUUACGGGCAAUGGCUGGGAUGGUUGAUGGCUGCCAUUUACAUGGGCGGCCGACUCCCUCAGAUAUGGCUAAAUAUUAAGAGAGGGAAUGUAGAGGGCUUGAAUCCUCUCAUGUUCGUUUUUGCACUGGUCGCCAACGUUACUUAUGUUGCAAGUAUUCUUAUAAGAACCACCGAAUGGGAAAAAAUCAAAGCUAAUAUGCCUUGGUUGCUGGAUGCUGUAGUUUGCGUGCUGCUGGAUUUAUUUAUCAUAUUGCAGUAUAUCUAUUAUAGAUACUUGCGAAGGACAAACUGUGGAGAUUACGGAGAUGACUAUGUAGAAGCAAGUAAAGCUGCUGAAUCUUAAUUAGCCCGUAUUUGUAUUUGAUAUUUGCAAACCAAAUAUUGGACUAUAUAUAGCCUAGUUUAUCCCCACCACUAUUUGUGCUUGUAUUAUUUGUUUGAUUACCAACCAUGUAUUGUUGUUCCUUUCCAAAGGGCGAAAUAAUUGAAUCCACUACUUGAAUUGCUUGUAUCUA